AUGCGUCCUACCGCCACCCUCAGGAUGUUCCGUCCUACGACGCGCAUGAUGCGUCCGGUCCCCAAGGAGGACCAGGCCGGCCACACCAUCUCCCAACGGUUGCGCAAGCUCAAGCAGAUGCCUGCUGAGCUGAUUCCCCUCGCUGUCGUCGUUGGCUUCGCCAUAUUUGCCGCCGGUUACUCGUCCGCUCGAAAACUCGUCGUUGACAAGAACCUACGACUUUCCCGGCAGGGAUCUGCUGGUCGAGAAGAUCAUUAG